AAGCCUUGGGCGCCUGGGGAGAUGAGAAGGGAGACAGACCCGAGGGCAGUGUGGGAGAAUCGGCCUCACCCCGAGCUCCUCAUCCGUCCCUGGGUUCCCCAGACCGCACAGGUUGCUCUGCACUCCGUCCCCUCCUGACAGCCGGAGAAUACCCCACUUUAGGCCUUGACUCAGUAGGGUACUCAAGACCAGCCCAUGGAAGAAUCAUAUGAAGAGCUGGUGAUAAAAGGCGUAGAGCAGGAGUGGACAUGUUUGGGUUUCCGACAGCUACCCUGCUGGACUGUCAUGGAAGAUAUGCCCAGAAUGUAGCAUUUUUCACAUAUUGGUGCAUCUUACAUGACUUCCCUCUCAUUUUACCAGAUGUGAUGACAGAAGCCCACCACAAGUAUGAUCACUCAGAAGCCACAGGAUCAUCAAGCUGGGAUUUCCAGAAUUCUUUCAGAAGAGAGAAGCUGGAACAAAAAUCCCCAGAUUCUAAGAUACUACAUGAAGACUCCCCUGGAGUGAGACAGAAGGUCUAUGAUUGUCAGGAAUGUGGGAAAUCUUUCCGCCAAAAAGGCAGUCUCACGUUACAUGAGAGAAUCCACACUGGUCAGAAGCCCUUUGAGUGCACCCACUGUGGAAAAAGCUUCAGGGCCAAAGGCAAUCUAGUUACACAUCAGCGAAUACACACAGGAGAGAAGCCCUAUCAGUGCAAAGAGUGUGGGAAAAGCUUUAGUCAGCGAGGCAGUCUAGCUGUCCAUGAGAGACUCCACACUGGACAGAAACCCUAUGAAUGUGCCAUUUGCCAGAGAAGCUUCAGGAAUCAAAGUAACCUUGCUGUUCACCGAAGAGUUCACAGUGGUGAGAAGCCCUAUCGAUGUGAUCAGUGUGGAAAAGCCUUCAGUCAGAAAGGAAGCUUAAUCGUCCAUAUCAGAGUUCACACGGGCCUGAAGCCCUAUGCGUGUUCCCACUGCAGGAAGAGUUUCCACACCAGGGGGAAUUGUAUUCUGCAUGGGAAAAUCCACACAGGAGAGACACCCUAUCUGUGUGGCCAGUGUGGAAAAAGUUUCACUCAGAGAGGGAGUCUGGCUGUGCACCAACGAAGCUGCUCACAAAGGCUCACUCUGUAGCCACUCUUCAGAAGAAAUUAUUUUUAUGAAUUAAGAGUGCAAACCCUCUGUAACCAAGAAGUGUAUCCAAUUCUAUAGGGUAAGUGGAGAAUCUUCUAAAAAGACCAGCAUUUAGUAGUGCAAACCAACUUUUUCCCUUUUCCCCAAAUGAGUAUGAAAAAUAAAUGUCUUGUUUAUCGUUA